AUGAGGAAAAAGCCAAAGAAAACGAAGCGAAAGUUGAAGAAUGGAAAGGCCAAAGACGAGUUUGGAGAACCAGUGGAGGUUAAAAACGUGAUUCCUCCGAAGGUUGACGAGUACGAGUACGAUUCCUCGGAUGAGGAGGUUAGAAAGGACUCUAAAAGUUAUUUUAUUCAUUAUUUUUUAGGAUUUGCGCAAUACCAUCGGCAAUAUCCCAAUAAAAUGGUACGACGAUGAGGCGCACAUCGGCUACGACAAAUUUGGGGAGAAGAUCGCGAAGCCGGAGAAAAAGGGCGAAAUCGACGUUUUUCUGGAGAAAAUGGAGGAUCCGGACUAUUGGUCAUUAUUUUUGGCGCGAAUUUUAGAUUUAAAGCCGGAUUUUUCAGGAGAAAAGUGUUCGACCGUCAGUCGGGAACUCAUACGAAGCUUACUGAUGAGCAAAUUGAGAAGAUUGAGAAUAUUGCAUCGGGGAAGUACCCGUUGAUCGGCUACAAUGCUUAUGAGCCGUUUUUGGACAUUUUUUCGUCGGAGAAAAUGAUUCAUCCCAUUGAUAAUCGGUUCGAAAUUCAGAAAAAUCUUGUUAAAACAAUAAUUUUCUUCAGCAUUUAAUAAAAAGUAGUUAGAAUAGUCAUAAAAAGGUGUUAUUUUUGGAUUUUUUUAACAGAGAAAAUCUCGUUGAAAAGCAAACGAUUCAAUGAAACUGUGGCUUCAGAAAUAUAAAUUGUCUUAAAUUUUUUGAGAACCACAACUUUAUGUACCAAAAUGGUAUUCUGCAAGUCCCAAUCUUUCUAAAAAUUUCUAGCUUAGAAAAAAUAAUUUUUGAAUAAAUGAAUGAAAAAAGAAACAUUAACAUUAAAGAAACUGAUUGUUUUUCUGAUUAUUAGGGACUUUAUUUCGAUUUUCAACAUUCAGUAAGAGUUUUCAGACCGGAGCCAAAAGCCCGAUUUAUCCCGUCAAAAGACGAGAUGAGGAUGGUCAGCCGGAUGGUCCACGCGAUAAAAAUGGGUUGGGCCAAGGGUCCCAAACAAAAGAAAGUCGAACGGAAGGUUUUUUCCAAUCAGAAAUAACAAAGAUUGAUUCAUCGAUUGAAGGUCUAUGACUUGUGGGCUUCUGAAGAUUCGAUGGAGCACCAGACAAAGUCCCAACUUUCCCGAAUGCGGGUUCAUAUGCCCGCUCCGAAGGUGGGAAUAAAAAUAGAGCUUAAAACUUUUCGAGGAAGCAGCAAAUUAAAAAUAGAUGGUUCACAAGAAAAUUGAGCAGAGUAAGUAGAAUAUUUUCGAAAAAAAUGGGAAAGUCUAUUCUUUUUUUAACUUUUUCCCGUCAAAAACUCAAUUUUUUUACCAGUUUUUUUCGUGAAGUUGAACAUUUUGAGCUUUUUUCAACUUCAAAUUCACAGUUUUCCCGUGAAAUUCACUAAAAAGUUCAGUUUUUUGCGUGUAAAGUGAUAUUUUGAGCUCUUUUUCAAUUUCAACUACACAUUUUCACGUCAAAAAAAGUUGAAGAAGUUCAAUUUUUCAGUUUUCUUUUUUUAUUCGAACAUUUUGAGCUGCUUUUUAACUUUCUAUACAUAAGUUCCCGCUAAAAUCAUUAAAAGUUGACUAUUUUUCAGCUUUUUCUCCGUUUUUUCUCCAGGAAUUGACAUUUUUUAGUUUUUCCUAGCUCAUUUUUUCACGUCAAUCUCACUAAGAAUUGACAAAAAAAAUUAGUUUUUUUCUUGUUAAAUUGAAAAAAAUUUGAGCUGCUUUCAAGUUUAUCUUCACAUAUUUCUUUUUCAAAAUCACCAAAAAAAUUCAAUUUCAUUAUUUUUGUAAAUGUGACCAUUUUGGGUUGCUUAAAAAACUGUAUUUUGACAUUUUUCUUGUAAAAAUUAUUAAAAAUUCCAGUUUCCAACUAUUUUUUUCUCGUAAUUUUGAAUUUUUUGAGCUCUUUUUCAUCUGAAAAUUUACAGUUUUACCGUGAAACUCUUUGUAAAUUCGACCAAAUUCAGUUUUUACUUUUUGUCUUGUAGUUUUGAAUCGCUUUCGUUCACGUUUUUCCCGUGUUAAUCACUAAAAAGUCCAGUUUCCAUCUUUCUCUUUAGGAAAAAUUGAACUUUUUUUCGACUCCUUUAUUCAAAUAUUCAUCUUUUAAUCAUUUUCUAAAUGAAUCAAUAUCAAAUUUUUGAUUCGAAUGAAAAAAAUUCCUUCAAUAAUCUUAUUCAGAUCGCCCUCCCGAACCACGUGGAAUCGUACAAUCCUCCCGAAGAAUAUCUAUUCGAUGAGGAUGAGAAGAAGAAGUUGGAAAUUUCAAAAAUUGGGAGAAAAAUCGAAACUUUCUAGGUGGGAAGAAAGUGAGAAGGAGGACAGGGCCAUCAGUUUCAUCCCUUCGAAAUAUGAAGCCCUGCGGAAGGUAAGGAAUAUUCCUUGGAACAAAAAAAUCAAUUUUUUUAUUGAUUUUUUUCUGUUUAAACUCGCCACAAAAAAAGCUCAAAUAUGCUCCUUGGAACCCGUAAAAAAAUAUCUUUUUUUGCACUUUUUUUCAUUCAAAAUUAGUUAAUUAAGCCAUUUUCUGCGCCUUUAAACCUUUAAAAAAAGUACUAUUUUUUUAAUUUUUAUCACUUCAAACUCUCUUCAUUUCAUUUACUAUCUCGUUUGAUCGUUCCAGGACCCAUUUUUGGUAGAAUUACUGGAUUUUUCCCUUGGAGAUGAGUGAAUCGGCUCUCAUUGAAUAUCACUCUGAACUCUCUUAUUUUCAUCCACUAUCUCGUUUGAUCGUUCUAGGACCCAUUUCUUGUUAUAAUUAUCCCACUUUUCCCUUGAAAAUGAGUGAAUCGGUUCCCAUUGAAUAUUUCUCUAAGGUCUCUUAUUUUCAUCCCCUAUCUCGUUUGAUCGUUUCAGGACCCAUUUUUUGUUAGAAAAACUGAUUUUUUGUCUUCAAAAUGAGUGACUUGAUGCCGUAAUCAAAGCAAAUCCCUUGAAAUUCUAAAUUUUCUUUGUUUCUCCAAUUUUCAGUUAUCUUUUCCUUUCUCUGACGGCUAUUUUGAAUUUGCGGGAUCAUUUUGUAGAGAAAUUUUAAGGCUUCCUAAACGAUUUUCCACCAAUUUUUGACGUUUUGAGGUCCCGCAAUACGACAAAUUCAUUACCGAAAGGUUUGAACGAUGUUUGGAUCUGUACCUGGCGCCGCGCCAAAGGAAAAUGAAGGUUUAUCCGAUUUUUCCCCCUUUUUUGACGAUUAAUUUCAGAUUCGGGCCGACCCGUCCAUGUUACUGCCCGAUUUGCCGAAUCCCAACGAUCUCAAGCCAUUCCCAACGAUGCUAGCAUUUGUCAGUAGUUGUAUUUUUUUCUCGAAAAAAAUGGUUUUUUUGGAAGAAAAAAAUUGAUAGAAACAGCAGUUUUUUUCAAAAAAAUAGAUGAAAAAAAUGAAACUUUUUGAGAGAUUUUGAACAUGAAAUUGGAAAAAAAUUCGGUCUUUUUAUCGCGUUUUUUUCGACUUGGGCAUAGGGAAAAAAAGCUCCUUAGAAGGUUUUUUUGAAAACAUCACGUUUUUUUAUCUUUUUUUACAUGAAAAAAAUCCCCUUUAACCAUGAAAAAAAUUUUUUUCCUGUCAUUUUUUUGGAACUUUUACCGUUUCAGCUCCUUCUAGGGGUCCUUAAAAAACAUUUUCCCUUUUAUCUUAGUAAAAAAAAUGCACAACGGGACCUUUUCUGAGAUAAUAAUAAACCGAUCGAUAAAUCAAAUUUUGCAGUUCAUGACCGGGCACAAGGGACAAGUUAGGGCGAUCAGCGUCGAGCCGGAAAAAAAGGCGAACUUUUGGCGUCGGGCGGAGAAGAUGGAACAGUUCGAAUUUGGGUUCUAGCCACCGGGCGGUGUCUCAAGGUUGUGGGAAUGAUUAUUGAUUUUUUUAAAAAAAUAGAAAAAAAUAUAUAUAUUUCUACAGGUUUUCAUAUAAAAUUUCAGGGUGAUUUUUUCAGGUUUUUCUAUGGCUUUGUAGGGCUUAUUUAUCCGAUUUUUGAACUCAGAAAAGCUUCAAAACAGUUUUUCAAUGGUAUAAGAUCCACAAUUUCUAAUAACUUUCGAAAAAUUUCAGGUUAUUUUGGAUUAAUUCUAGUCUAGUUUUUGAUAUUGCUCUAUAGUGCUUUUUUUUCUUUAUUUUUGAACUAGGAAAAGCUUCAAGACAGUUUUUCAAUAGUGUAAGAUCCGAAAAAAGCAAAUAAAAAUUCUACCAACUUUUAACAUAACUUCUGGGCCAAUUUUUUCUCAUGCUCUGUAGCGUUUCUUCAAUUUUUGAACUCAAAAAACCCUAACAAAGGUUUUUGGAACAAGGAUGGUUAUUUCUUGAUUGGUAUAAGAUACAUAAUACUCAAAUAAAAAAUUCUACAGGCAUUCAAAAAUUUUUGAAGCUCUUUUUCAAGCUUUUUUUCCUGCUCUUUUUGCAGCUUUAAAAUCAAUUUUUUUGAAUUUCUAAUACUUUGAAAUUUCCAAUAAACUAAGGGAAAGUUAAGGUUUCAAAAAAACAAAAAUCGAGCUUCCAAAUUUGAUUUCUCGUAAGAAUAACUUUCUCAUCUUUUUGGUCGAAUCGAACGAAAUACUAUGAAAGUUUGUAUAACAGUUCUAUCCCAUUUUUUUAUACUUCUUUCUAAAUUUUCCUGAGUUUAUUCCGUCAAUUCAGUUAUUGUGUGUCAGAAGUUUAAAAUUUCUGUUUUCUUUUUAUUUGAAAGUUUGAAGUGUUUAUAUAGCCAUUUUGACUUGAUUUUUUUAAAUUUCAUAGCUCAUUCUGAAAUAUCGAUGAAAAAAAUGGCCAACAACGUCAAGUCUUCAAAAUGGAUGGCAUAGUUAUUUACAGCAAUUUCCAACUUUAUUAUUUUUUUGGAUUUUGUUUCUUUUUCCUCUAAAUCCUGAUUAUCCUAAAUAUGAUUUGAAAUCUCGAUGAAAAAUGAUUUUUUUUUCUAGAGGUCUUCAAAAUGGCGAUUCUAGGGAUCACUUAAGAGUACUGAAGCUACUUAAGUGGUCACUAGAAUUGCCUUGACGCGUCCGACUAGUGUUAUGAAAGUUUUUUUAUAAACCAGUUCUUCAAUUUUUGAACUGAAAUUGCGAUGAAAAAAACGAUUUUUUUAAAGGUCUUCAAAAUGGACGGUCCAGUCACUUCAGUGGAAUUCUGCCCCAGGUCAGAUCUCACCUUGUUGGCCGUUUCUUAUCAAGGGAAACAGGUAAGUAGACUAAAAUAUAGUUUGAAAAGGAAAAAUAUCAAUUUUCAAGACUGCCCUGAUCAACACCGAGUGUGGAGAUCGUUUACUCGUGUCCAAGACGGAGAAGUUCCUUGAAGAGGUAAUUUUUGAUUUUUUUAAUGAAAAAAAUCUUCGAACAAGGUUUGUGCGCUCCAUAACUUCAUCCGAAAUUCGAGUUUUCAAAAAAAAAUUUUGGUUUUUUUAAGGAGAAUAUUGAUUGAUUUUUUUAAUAAAAACGUAAAUUUAUAGGUUCCAAUAGGCGAGGCAGAAGAAGGAAACGUCAACUGGCGCCGUGCGAAGAAUCGAAUCGUCCUGAAAAUGCCAAAUGUUCGCAUUUUAUUAAUGAAAAAAGGAAAAAAAAAUUUGAAAUUUCUGAUAAAUUCAGAAAAAUGAGUUUUUGGCCUGUUUAUAGAAGGGUUUCGAGGGAAUUUUUUUUUAUGUGUUCAAAAAUUUUCCACUGAAGGCCGUGGCCGCAUUUGGAAUGGCUUUGAGAAAAAUUCCUUUUUUCAAACAGUUUUCCGCCAAAUCAUGCUGGAAAAUCGAUCGAAACAGUGAAAAAUGUGUGUUUUUUUGUAAGAAUAGUCUAUUUCCUACUUUUGAAAGGCUGUGGUCGCAUUUGGAAUUGCUCAAAGGGUCUUGGAUUCCUUUCGAUUUAAAAAAUUCACUUUUUUCGAACAGUUUUACAACGAUUUCAGUUGGAAAAUUGAUUGCAAGUUUGAAAAAUGUUGUUUUUCUAUGUAAAUUUCCUUUUCUAGGUACUUGAAAGACCCUGGUUGCAUUUGGAAUGACUCCUCCAUUCGAAAAUUGACCUUUCUUGACAGUUUUUUUUUGUCAUUUUCAACUGGUUGAAACAGUGUAAAAUAUGGAUUUUUUUCACGGUAAUUGUUUUUUUGUAGGUAAUUAGAAGGCUGUGGCGCAUUUGGAAUGGAUCAAAGAGUUUUUUUAUUGCCUUUAAAUUGAAAAAAAUUCUCUUUUUUUACUAACCAAUUUCAAUUGGAAAAUUUAUUGAAAUCAUGAAAAAAAUGUAGUUUUUUUCUAAGAAAAUCGCCUUUUCUAGGUACUUGAAAGACCCUGGUCGCAUUUGGAAUGACUCUGUGAUUUAAAAAAUUCUCUUUUUAAACGUUUUUUCACAAGUUUCUAUUGGAAAUUUGAUUGAAACUGUGAAAAAUGUAAUUUUUUGUGAGAAUAGUCUGUCCUCGACUAUUGAAAAACUAUGAAAAUCGCCUUCUCUGGGCAAUUUGAGGACUGUGAUCGCAUUUGGAAUGGCUCAAAGAGUUUUUUUAUUCUCUUUAAAUUGAAAAAAAUUCAUUUUUACUAAAAAAAGUUUUUCCAACAAUUUCAACGGAAGAUAUUGGUUAAAACAGUGAAAAAAAUGUAAUUUAUCAUAAGAGCCGUCUUUUCCAGGAAGUACGGCAAGUGACGUGGCACGGUCGCGGCGAUUAUUUCGCGACGGUUUCCAGCGACGAUAUCGCUCAGUCCGUCUAUGUUCAUCAGUUGAGCAAGGCCAAGAGCCAGGUUUAUCUGUUUUAGGUAAUUUUCGCAAUAAAUAUUUUUUUUCAGUGCCCAUUCACGAAACGGAAAGGCCACGUCCAGAUGGUCGCCUUCCAUCCGACCCAGGUAAAAAAAUGCUCAAAGUUUAAGAAAGAGCAUCUUUUUUUCAGCUUUUUGCAGUAUUUAAAAAAAAUUCUUGGAUCCUGUAUGCUUUUUUUCAGUGUAAUCCAAACAUUUCAAUACAUAUUUCAGGCCUUUUUUUAAGACUUUAUUUACAAUUUUUAAAAAAACUAUCUUGGCUCACUUUUUUUGACUAAGUUUCCACGAAGGAAAUCUUCAUUAAUUAAGAAAAAAAUCGUGAAAUUUUAGUAGAUUCCUGUUGAAAGCGAUAUAUAUUUUUAAUUAUCACUUUCUUAAUUUUUCUAGGCUCGUUUAUUCGUGGCGACGAAGAUCCAUGUAAGGGAAUACGACCUCUCGAGAUGUCUUCUCGUGAAAAAACUGAUUACGGGUCUCAAACAGAUUUCCGCCAUGUUGCCCGACUCGACUGGAGAGGUUGGAUCAUUUUAUCAACUUCAUGAGGGGGAAACAGCCCUAUUAAAAACACAUAAGUAUUCCCUAUAGGGGCAAGCGGGAAAACAACCCUUAAGAACUCCAAAGAGCUCCCUAUAGGGGUGAAAGAUAGGGAGUCCCUUUAGGGGUUAGGCAGGAAAAACAGCCUUAUUGAAAACAGAAAAGUAUUCCCUUUGGGGUGAAAGAUAGGUAGUCUCUUAAGGGGUUAGGGGAAAAAACAGCCCUAUUAAGGACACAAAAAGUACUUCCCUACAGGGGUGAAAAGUUAAGAAGCCCCUUCAGGGGUUAGGGGAAAAACAGCCUUAUUGAAAACAGAAAAGUAUUCCCUAUAGGGGUGAAAGUUAAGAAGCCCCUUCAGGGGUUAGGGGGAAAAACAGCCUUAUUGAAAACAGAAAAGUAUUCCCUUUGGGGUGAAAGAUAGGUAGUCUCUUAAGGGGUUAGGGGAAAAAACAGCCCUAUUAAGGACACAAAAGUACUUCCUACAGGGGUGAAAGUUAAGAAGCCCCUUCAGGGGUUAGGGGAAAAACAGCCUUAUUGAAAACAGAAAAGUAUUCCCUAUAGGGGUGAAAGUUAAGAAGCCCCUUCAGGGGUUAGGGGGAAAAACAGCCUUAUUGAAAACAGAAAAGUAUUCCCUAUAGGGGUGAAAGUUAGGUAGUCCCUUUAGGGGUUUAAAGUUCUGACCCUUAGCCUCCUGAAAGGUCCCUAUAGAAGUCUUUAAACAUUCUGUGACGAACUACAAGUCAGGGGCAGGUAUUUAAUAAAACUUGAUCGAGCUGCAAGAUUAAGUGGCCCCUAUAGGGGGAAGAUAAAGUGGUCCCUAGUCCAUAUAUUCAUUCUAACUAUGAUGAACCAUUUUAGAACCUGUUCCUCGGAAGUUUGGACCGCCGGUUCGCUUGGAUGGACCUGCAACUAUCCAACAAGCCCUGGAAAAAACUGAAGCAUCACAAAUCGGCCAUCCGAUCGGUUGCUUACCAUAAAAGGUGCCUUUUUUAAGACGCGGUCGAAAAAAAAAUCGUGAAAGCUUUCUUUUUCAAGUUCCAGAGUGUUUUUCAGUAUAACUUGUUUGAAAAAAUCCAGAAAAAUGGUUUAAUUUUGAAGAUAUCCCCUGCUGGCGACGGUUUCCGACGACGCCACCGCAUUGGUCUACUACGCCCGGAUUCAUACGGAUUUAUCGCGAGACAAUGAAAUCUACCCGGUCAAGCGUCUCAAGGGCCAUGAAUCGGUAAUUUU